AAGAUGAGUAAGUACAUGUGGAGAAUGUUUAACGCAAUGAACUUAAUCCGUAAUGAAAUAAAACCCGAAAACAGGCUUGGUUUGGUGCACUUUGGAGAGGGCACGGGCGAUCCUGAGUAUGCAAUGAGAAUGUGGCUCGACUAUAAAAGGCAAGGAAAGACCGCCAUUCCAAGGCAACAGGACAAAGUUCUACAGUUUUUGAGACAAUUCAAAUGCGAUAAUGCCCAAAUCGGUCAGCCGAUAUCGUCGACUUGCAUCGCGAAGAUGAAUGAAAAAGUCAACGCCUACAACGAGAGAUUGGCUGCGCAGUGGACCGACGAACCUGUGCCACCGCCCUGGCACUACUGAGAGCUUAAAUCGUGAAAUUUACUGCUUUUCAAUGAGGCAAAAUGCAGUCCAAAAAAGUAAAUUUAAGUGACUAUGUAUGUCUUUCGUCUCUUACGAUAACAAUAUCGUCUUUAAUGUAACUAUUAAUUUAAAUUAUGCGGCCAACCCAACUCGAAAGCUCAUUGGCUAAUUUGGUCACUGUACACGAUUAAAUGUACUUUCUUCUAGUUAAUUUCUGUUCGUAUUUUUUCUAUAUCAUUGUAAAUCAUGUUAUGUUAAGUUGUUUUUACUGUAAACAGUGUGAAAUAAUAAAGUGUGAAGUGUGACCAUAUCAACCAAUAGUAACAAUGGUACAUAUCACUAAGAGCCAG